AUGUUGAAACUACCUAAGAAGUUGGUUGUUACUAAGUACUACUCCUCAGUCACCAACAAGAACCUAAGUUCUGUGACGAGGGACAACACAUUUAUGUCUACACCACAAUGUGAUGACACACAUUAUCAUAAAAUCCCAAUUGGUAAAGAUGCUGCUAGACUCCAAAAGCAAAAAAAGAUUACCAGACUAUCAGUUGACGGUCCAAUUGAAUGUCCAAUGGAGGGUUUCCAAUUGCUAAAUUCGCCAUUGUUCAACAAGGGAUCUGCUUUCACCUUGGAGGAAAGAAAGGCUUUCGGUCUAGAAGGUUUGCUACCUCCACAAGUCAACACUCUUGACGAACAAGUUGAAAGAGCCUACAAGCAACUGUGCUACUUAAAGACACCAUUGGCACAAAAUGACUUUAUGACCUCAAUGAGAGUUCAAAACAAAGUUUUGUUCUUUGAGUUAGUGAGAAGACAUAUUAGGCAAUUGGUUCCUAUCAUUUACACACCAACCGAAGGUGAUGCCAUUGCAGCUUACUCCCACAGAUUCAGAAAGCCAGAAGGUGUGUUUUUGGAUAUCACUGAACCAGACUCUAUUGACGAUCGUCUUGCCGCUUAUGGAGAAGACAAAGAUGUAGACUACAUUGUUGUAUCAGAUGGUGAAGGUAUUCUAGGUAUCGGUGACCAAGGUAUCGGUGGUGUUAGAAUUGCCAUCUCUAAAUUGGCCUUGAUGACCUUAUGCGGUGGUGUCCAUCCAGGUAGAGUGAUGCCAGUCGCCCUAGAUGUUGGUACUAACAACAAAGAAUUAGCUAGAGAUGAAUUAUACAUGGGUAACAGAUUCAGCCGUAUUCGUGGAAAACAAUAUGAUGAAUUCGUAGAUAAAUUCAUCAAGGCUUUGAAAAAGAGAUUCCCUAGUGCAGUUCUUCAUUUCGAAGAUUUUGGUGUUACCACUGCUAGACCUUUACUAGAACGUUACAGAAAUGAGCUAGCCUGUUUCAACGAUGAUAUCCAAGGUACUGGUGCUGUGGUUAUGGCUUCUUUCAUUGCUGCUUUGAAACACACAAAUAGAGAUUUGUUAGAAUCAAAAGUCUUGGUGUACGGUGCCGGCUCAGCUGGUUUGGGUAUUGCCGACCAAAUUGUUAACCACAUGGUAACUCAUGGUCUAACUCCAGAAGAGGCAAGAUCAAAGAUUUACUUGAUGGACAGAAAGGGUUUGAUUCUAGACAACAUGCAAAACGACUCGAAUCCUGCACAAUUCUUGUUUGCUAAGCCAAGCAGCGAAUGGUCAGAUGUCAACACAGAAUCAUUGGUUGAUGUUGUUUCGCGCGUUGAGCCAACUUGUUUGAUUGGUUGUUCAACUCAAGCAGGUGCUUUCAACAAAGCUGUCGUUGAAACCAUGUACAAACACAAUAACAGACCUAUUAUCUUCCCUCUAUCUAACCCUACAAGACUACAUGAGGCUGUUCCAGAAGAUUUACUAAAAUGGACAAACUACGAUGCUUUAGUCGCUACCGGAUCUCCAUUCCCACCAGUCAACGGGUACCGUAUCUCUGAGAACAACAAUUGUUUCUCAUUCCCAGGUAUUGGUCUAGGUGCAGUUUUGUCACGUGCUAAGGUCAUUUCUGAUAAGAUGAUCAGUGCUGCUGUCGAUCAAUUGGCUGACCUUUCGCCUCUAAAGCCUGGUGACUCAAAGCCUGGUUUAUUACCACCUCUAGAAGAAAUCAAUGACACUUCCGCUAAAGUCGCCACAGCAGUUAUCCUUCAAGCUCUUGAAGAAGGGUCAGCAAGAAUCGAGGAUGAAACUAUUCCAGGCUCUGACGAGAAGGUAAAGGUUCCAAGAGACUUUGAUUCCUGUCUCGAAUGGGUUAGAAAGCAAAUGUGGAAGCCAGAAUACAGACCUUUGGUUAAGGUGGAGCAUGACCCAGAAGUGCACACCCAUCAAAUCUGA